UCACUAUCCAUAGAUGGAAAGUAGCAAAUGAAAGUGUGAAGGCACCUAUGCUUCAACUCAUUAAGGAUCAAUUUAACUUGGAGAGAGAUCCCAUAGAUGUUGACAAGGCAGUGGCAAGACUAUUUGGGCGUAGACUGAGUGAUUACAGCCAUACGUUAUACAGAAAGUACAAGAAGCUUAAGACUACUAAGGGGGUAGAAUAUGCCAAAAGCCACCCACCAUUUGGCAUCAGUCACGAGCAGUGGAUCGAUCUAAUUGAUAAGAAAUGGAGUGAUCCCAAAUUUUUGAUUGGAUAUGCACAAGGUUGGUGGUAUAUAUCAGAAGGCCAAGAUCUUUUUGUGUUGAUACUUCUUUUUGUUAUGAUGCGCCGUCCAACAACUUUCCUUUUUGUUUCGUGUCUUUGACCACUACUCAAUUAGCGCAUCACUUAUGUUAUUCUCAAUAUUUAGUUAACUCGGCUAUUUUUGGACAGUGAAUGGACACCUUGAAACUUUUGUUAA